AAAGAUUUUUCUAGCUUACAAAUCAAAACAAUGAGCUGAAAAUUUCGUCUUCAAGCCAUGGAGCAACAGGCACGACUUAGAGAUGCUCUUCACGAGGCAUUGACCGCAGAAGUGCAGCGUCUAAAGCUUGCAGCUGCUGAGCUUGGUGAAGAUGAUGGGUCAUCGACUUCCAUGAUUCAGCAGCUACCCAUGAAGCAUCAUGUACUCCAGCUGCAGCACCAUCAAUCCAGUCAAAUCCAACAAUUAUCAGUUGCAACAUCCAAAACUGCAACAACAACUUCGGCAACACCUACUUCAGCUUAGUCAGCUGAACGAAAAUUCAGCAUUCUUGGGCAUUUCCUAACGAACCGGAAAACUUUGCCAUAUAGAUAGAGCUCGUAGACUCAGGACGAUCUUCCUGUGUUAGAAAAACUGAAACGUUCCGUACAAUUUGUGGCUCCUUAACUGCUUGUUGCAUACUUUAUUUUGGGUUAUUUAUCCAAUGAACCAGUGGCUUUCUUCAUUGGAUUGCUUUAUAAAUAUUUAGGAAUACUUAGACCUGCCGCUCUGUACUGCGGACAGUGGUGCAGCCAGUAGGAAACUCUUCCAUCUUGUGGUUGUGGCUCCCCAGAACUUCUUUGUUUGUAAAAUAGGUGGUGGAUAGGUAUACAAAAUAGAUUUUGAACAUUCCAACGUUGUCUUUGUUGAUGUACAUUUUAUAUCGUGUUUUAAUUGGUGAAGAAACUCAUAUUCAGGAAA